AUGGCUCUCAGACUAGGCUUCAUUACUACUCAUCAAUUGCCUUUCACUUAUGACUUCCAUAACUACAUGCUUCGGAGUAUGGAGGAAGAGUUUCGGGAUAUUGUUGGGAUUAGCAUCCCACUGUGGAUUUUUGCUAUUACCUGCAUUGUUCUGGGUUUUCACGGAACAAAUAUAUACUUUUGGAUUUCAUUCCUCCCUGCCAUUUUAAUCCUAAUGGUCGGCACAAAGCUGCACCAUAUAGUUGUGAAGCUGGCUGUCGAGAUCAUGGAUUCAAGUCAAUGGACAGGAUUAGGGAAGUUCAAUCUGAGGGAUGAGCUGUUUUGGUUUGGCAACCCCAGGCUUCUUCUCCGGUUAAUACAAUUCAUAUCGUUUCAGAAUGCAUUCGAGAUGGCGACUUAUAUAUGGUCAAUGUGGGAAAUUAGAGGACCUUCAUGUUUUACAGGAGACCGUAGUUUCCUCGUAAUUCGCUUGACAUUUGGGGUUAUCUCCCAGUUCUGGUGCAGCUUUAUCACAUUCCCACUCUAUGUCAUUAUAGCUCAGAUGGGUUCAAGGUAUAAGAAAGCCAUAGUAUCGGAAAAUGUGAGGAAAUCGCUCCAUGGAUGGCGGAGGAAGGUAAGAAGGACCCGAGAAGACAGUGGAGGGCCAGCUUUUACAAUGCUAAAUGUGCCAUCAUCGUCAUCAUCUCCCGUUAUGGAUGGUGAUCAUGAAAAGAACUAA